AUGUCAGGCCAAAUUUUAAAUUAUGGUCUGUUAAUUAACAAACGAGGAAUACAACUUGCAGAUUUGCCAAUAUGCAAAUUUGAAAUACAACCUAAAACCAUAGAAAAAUCUCGAAUAAAGUUGAUGUUUUCUACAAAGCAUAUAGAAUCGUUUUUAUUGAACAAUCAUAUUGAUCCUUCAGCAAUCAAUUUUGAAUAUGAUAAAUGGAUUUUCGAUACUGUUUUCGAUGAAAAUUUUUUACCAGAAAAUUUACCAGUUUACAUGGAAAUUUUAUGCUCACGAGCAGAGUUGAUUUUCGAAAAUAAAAAAAUCAAGCCAUCCAAUGAGUUAAAUAAUACAAUGGAGCGGGCUCUGAAUCAUAAAUAUCCAUAUCAAGAAAUAAUAAAAGUAUUUAAAGGCUAUGGAUAUUUUUUGCCUAAAAAGAUCAUUCUUGGUCAUAAAUUAUGUAAAAUGACUUAUUUGGCCGCAAGAGCAGAACCACGUUUUCUUAAAUCAGAAGUGACGGAUUUUAAUGACUUUGCAACACUUGAGCGUAACAUCGUUUUGAAUCAAUGGGAAGAUCUUCUAAAAUUACACAAUUUAGAUACUUCCUUUUUAACAUCAAUUAAUGGUGAGGACGUUACGAUAGAUAAACUACAAGAAUGGGUGGUAUCUUGCUUAAAAAAUGAUCUUAAUUCAUUACAAAUCAUCAGUUGGGAAAAAUUAUGUCCAUUAUAUGAAAUAUUUGAUGAACCGCUUAAACGAAAAAUAAAGUUUAUUCUAGGAUCUGAUGAUAUGUACUACACAAACCCUACGAAUUUACAACAGGUGAAGGAAACGAAAGAACUUGGGGACACAAACCCUGUGGAGUUGCAACAGGUGAAGGAGGCGAAAGAACUUGGGGUCAAAGAAAGAGUGCUUAGUGCAGGAGUAAUUCCAAUCAAUACCUUUACUUACCAAUAUCGUGAAAAAUAUUCUGAUCAUCUGAAUUCCAGUAAUUAUAAAAUUUUUGGAAAACUUAUAACUCAAGAUGGUAAACAAAUCAGUGCAACAAUUAAGUUUCAAUCUAUGAAUAGAUUUGGGUUCACCGUAUUAAUUGAAAAUUGCGAUUUAGCAGAGUUUACGAAUUUGAAAAUAGUUUGGAUGUUGAUUGGAUUACCAUCUGAGAUCGGAUUUUAUAGUCCAGAUACACGAAACAUUCAUAUAUUGGCGUUGGGUAGUUGCUCAUUUGCAUAUGACAAAAUUUUGUCAUUGCAAGUUCCUAAAAAUCUGCCGACAAGCUCAAUUAUAUGUACAAAUCUUACAUCUCUAUUAUUAGAUAAAACGAAUUUAACAAUUAAUAUUCAAGACUAUUGUGAUGAUGAACUUAAUUUAUCAAUGGAUGAGGAUGUUGAAAGCGAAAUAUCCAAAGGAAACAAAGAAACACAAUAUAAGCUCCAAUGGUUGCAAUAG